GCCGCUCGCUUCCGCUCCCUCCGCGGCCGCUACUGCCGCUUGUCCCUCGGCGGCUGCCGUAUCGGCCGCUCGUCCCGCCGGUGAGGGCCGGUUACGCGCGCGUUUGAACCGCCAUGAGCCUGUGGGUGGACAAGCACCGUCCCGCGUCCCUCGGCAGGCUGGACUACCACCGCGAGCAGGCGGCGCAGCUCCGCAACCUGGUUCAGUGUGGUGACUUCCCUCAUCUGUUGGUGUAUGGACCAUCAGGAGCUGGAAAAAAGACAAGAAUAAUGUGUCUGUUAAGGGAAUUAUAUGGUGCAGGAGUGGAAAAACUGAGGAUUGAGCAUCAAAGUAUAACGGCACCUUCUAAAAAGAAAAUUGAAAUUAGCACCAUUGCGAGUAAUUAUCACCUUGAAGUUAACCCAAGUGAUGCGGGAAACAAUGAUCGUGUGGUGAUUCAGGAACUCUUGAAGACAGUAGCACAAUCCCAACAGCUUGAGACGAGCACUCAGCGAGAUUUUAAAGUGGUGCUGUUAACAGAAGUCGACAAACUCACUAAAGAUGCUCAGCAUGCUUUGCGAAGAACAAUGGAGAAGUACAUGGCGACCUGCAGGUUGAUCCUGUGCUGCAACUCUAUGUCAAAAAUUAUAGGACCUAUUCAGAGCAGAUGCCUGGCUGUACGAGUGCCUGCUCCCAGCAUUGAAGAUAUCUGCCAUGUCUUGUCCACUGUGUGUAAGAAAGAAGGCCUGACUCUUCCGCACGAACUGGCUCAAAGGCUUGCAGAGAAAUCUGGCAGGAAUCUUCGGAAAGCACUACUUAUGUGCGAGUCCUGCAGGGUACAACAGUAUCCUUUUACUGCUGAUCAGGACAUUCCUGAGAUGGACUGGGAAGUUUAUUUGAGAGAAACUGCAAAUGCUAUUGUUAGUCAACAGACACCACAAAGGCUUUUAGAGGUCCGUGGACGGCUUUAUGAACUCCUGACACACUGCAUUCCUCCUGAGAUUAUAAUGAAGGGCCUCCUGACAGAACUUCUAAGUAACUGUGAUGGACAACUGAAAGGAGAAGUUGCACAGAUGGCGGCCUUCUAUGAACACCGCCUGCAACUGGGCAGCAAAGCCAUUUAUCAUCUGGAAGCGUUUGUUGCAAAAUUUAUGGCAAUUUACAAGAAAUUUAUGGAGGAUGGACUAGAUGACAUGAUGUUCUAACUGAUGCCAAAGUCAUACACAGAAUGUUGUGUCACAGUGCCAGUAAUGUUGCAAACGUCUACUUGUCCAUGCUUGAUUGAAUGUAGGUCUAGUUCAAAGUCAGAUAUUUUAUUUUGAUAUUAAUGUAAAAUGAAGUGAAAUAAAAACCAAUGUUUGUUCAAUUUUAGAAACCAGAUGAAUUGUUUGACAACCAUAAAUCCAUCUUUAGAUCCAUAGGAAAUGCAUUAGCCUUUGGAAAGACAAGUUGCCUUGGAAGAUAUGUAAGAUCAUAGUUGCUUUGCAGUAUUUGUAAGCUGACAUUAAGGAGAGAGAACAUGGAUGCUGCACUCUUGCUUUUUGAUUGUUCAUGGGCAAGGCUGUAAGCAAAAGAUGUUUUUUCCAUGUUCUGGUAAGUUCCAGUUUGAGCAUGUAUGUUCUGCCUACUGAAUUACACAUAUUGUUGUCUGCCUGGCUUGUAUUUUAGCCACACCGUUUUCUGACAUGUGCUGACACAGUGUUUUCUGACUCUUGCUUAUAUGCAGUUGCAUAGAUAUUGUGGAUGAGUUGCUUGUAAAGCAGUUCGACAACAUGGAACACUUCAUUUAGAAGCAAUAUACCUAUGUACAGCAAGCCCCCUUGCUGUCUGACUCUGUUUCAAGUUCACCUCAACAUACGUAAUGCUGUUCAGGUAAUGAUUAUUCCUUUGACUGUGGUUUAACCAGGGUGAGGUUUCAGCUUUUAUCAGUUUAGGAAGUGAAAGAAUAUUUGUUACGUGACAUUUCUAAAAUGGCAAAAUAAAUUGUAAAAAUAUGAACAACAAA